AUGAAAAAGAGCACAACAUACGCUUCUCAGCAAAUAAAGUGUUGCCUCAAUGAAUACGCCACUGGAACCUUCAUCGGACUGGAAUUGACAACAACAAAAUAUGGUGAUGUCCGUACCGGAAUGCUUGCAUUUAUUGAUAUGAUUCAGAAGAAUCCAUAUCAUGGUGCCAAGAUCAAGCAGCGUCGUCGGCAAUGGGCAAAGAAGGGCAUGGAACUUCUUCGAUCUCGUCCCAAUGUCAGCAACCAACUUCAGUUCCGCCCUGUUCUGGACUGA